AAUGGAACAAUGUAACGGAUCGGAGUGACAGGCUUAACCGAUGGGUUACUUAUUAAUCCAGGUCCAGGCCGGUAUCCUACUUAAGGCAUGCUAACCGGUGGAGCUGACCCCAGGCAAAUGGAGAACAGAAUCGGGAUGGUACUGACAGGUCGACGCAGAAGAUUUUAGAGCAAGAGGAGCGCUCUUCCUUUUUGACUUCAGCGUCCACACAAGGUGAUCCGAGGCCAGUCUGAUCAAAUCAGAAGUCUUCAAUUACUCGGACUGAAACACUACCCAAGAACCGCUGAUCUUUAAAUAAAUUGAGGGGGAGAACGAAGUUUGCCACGUGGUGAAAGGUGAGACGUUUCCACCCCACGGAGACCGUCGCGAGUCAGUCAGAAAGGAGCGGUGGAGAGACGCGCGUCUGCCAAAACCUCGGGAGGCAAACACCAGGCGAUUAGAAGGAGCAGCAGUUCAGUUGUGGAACUUUUUUCUCGACUGCAGCCGGUGUCUUCAAGGUUUAAAUAUUUAAUCAAAUAGCCUGCAUUGCAAAUAGCCGAUAGUGACUUGGUAUAUCCUCAAGGAAGAGGAAAACAAUAACUAUUAACAUUUUCAUUUGAAGGGAAAUUAAAUAGUUGGACUUGUUUGUUGUUUGGCUUUCAAAAGACAAAUUGCAGUGGAUGGAGAGAAUAACCCGGAUACUGCGCAAAUACAGGGCAGAUCUUAAACAUACCUGGGGACGGGCUAUGCACCUGGCCUCCUUAUCGGGAUCGAAGGAGUGAAAGCAACUUUUAGCCCUGCAUUCCGUAGUCACAAACACAAGUUCUUUAAUGGGAUAAAUUAUUUCGAAGGCGAUCCGUAGGUGAAAAAAGGACUAAUUUCCCCUGCUUCCAAUCCAUAAUUUUCUCGUUCGUUAUAUUUCCAUUUCAACCAUCCGCAUGGUACUGUGGUCGAAAGAGCAAGACAAGCCGUCAGAGAUGUCCACCGGUGCAAUAGAAGCGAAGAAGGAAGGAGCGCCACCGGCCUAUCACCACACGAAUGGGUCGGUGCACCCGAUCAUACUGACGGACAGUCCGGAAGAACUGCGGCCCGAAGCAGGGGUCUAUGAACUCACAGAGGUCACCUCCUUCUCGGAACGGACGGAGGCGGAAGAUGACCGGCCUGAAAUGGUGGUCAUCGACUGCCGGGCCAACGCCAAGGGCCAGCGGGAGGAGGACGCUCUCCUGGAGAAUGCCAGCCAAAGCAACGAGAGCGACGACGUCAGUACGGACCAAAGCCCAGUGCCACCGGCUCCGCUGAAAGAGUCCUCCUUCUCCAUUGGACUUCAGGUGGUUUUCCCUUUCCUGCUGGCCGGGUUUGGGACCGUCGCGGCCGGCAUGGUUCUGGACAUUGUGCAGCACUGGACGGUGUUCACCGAGGUGACGGAGGUGUUCAUCCUGGUGCCCGCUCUCCUGGGUCUGAAGGGAAACCUGGAGAUGACCCUGGCCUCCAGACUGUCCACUGCUGCCAACAUUGGGCACAUGGACACUGCCAAGGACAUGUGGAAUAUGAUCAUGGGGAACCUUGCUCUUAUUCAGGUCCAGGCCACUGUGGUGGGAUUCCUAGCCUCCAUUGCCGCAGUCAUCUUUGGCUGGAUUCCCGAAGGCCAAUUCAAACUGGGCCACGCGGUUCUGCUCUGUGCCAGUAGUGUCUCCACCGCCUUCAUUGCAUCUCUGCUGCUGGGGCUCAUCAUGAUCGGAGUGAUCAUCGGCUCCAGGAAGGUGGGCAUCAACCCGGACAACGUGGCCACGCCCAUCGCUGCCAGUCUGGGUGACCUCAUCACCCUGUCCCUGCUGGCGGGCAUCAGCACAGGCCUGUACAAGCAGCUGGACCACAACAACUACGCUAACCCGCUGGUGUGUGCCUUCUUCGUGGCUCUCACACCCGUCUGGGUUCUGAUCGCCCGCCGCAUCCCCUCCACCCGGGAGGUGCUGUACUCCGGCUGGGAGCCCGUCAUCAUCGCCAUGGCGAUCAGCAGUAUUGGGGGCCUCAUCCUGGAUAAAACUGUGUCCAACCCCAACUUUGCUGGAAUGGCUGUCUUCACCCCAGUCAUCAAUGGUGUGGGGGGAAACCUGGUGGCGGUGCAGGCCAGCCGAAUCUCCACCUACCUUCACCUGGUCGCCCUGCCCAUGGGGCAGCCCAGCCCCACCUCCACAAAGUGCCCCACUCCCUGCACCACCUUCUUCAGCUCCAAUGUGAACUCUCGCUCAGCCCGGGUUCUCUUCCUCCUGGUUGCCCCGGGACACCUGGUCUUCCUGUACGCCAUAAACUCCAUGCAAGGCGGCCACACCUCACUGACCUCGGUCUUCAUCGCAUUCUACAUGACCGCAGCACUGUUGCAGGUUCUGAUCCUGCUGUAUCUGGCUGACUGGAUGGUGAACUGGAUGUGGGGGCGGGGAAUGGAUCCAGACAACUUCUCCAUCCCGUACCUGACGGCCCUGGGGGAUCUGCUGGGCACCGGCUUCCUGGCUCUCUGCUUCCACUUCCUCUGGCUGAUCGGAGACCGUGACACCGACGUGGGCGACUAAACGCACACCCACCCCGAAGCGCACCGCCUCUCUGCCUGAACGGGACUCUUUAUUUAUUUGAGCCAUUAAGGAGUUGAUGUUAUUAUCAUUAUUAUUAUUAUUAUUAAUAUUAAUACGUGCUCAUUGUUUUUAGUGGGAAAACGGAAUCCUCAUUAUUUUUCAAUGGGGUCGUCUCCCCUUGGCCAGUCAUGUUGGUCAUAUUUGCAGAAAGGCUGAGAUCAACUUACACUUGAAAUGAUGAAAAACAGCAAAAAAUAUAUUAAAAAACACACAUAGAAUGCUCAAUCACCAAGUGCUAUAGUGAAAUGCAUAGGAAUGUUUAUUAUAUGAAUAUGACGGUGUAUUUAGGACAGAUUAUGUGGUUUUUGGGGUCCUCCACUGCCUUGUUGACUUGCAUGAUUUAAAACCAACUUAACGGGGGUUGUGGGCCAGAAUGUAAUUACCUGAAAAUUCCUAAAGCUCACAUCCUUGUGCCGAAAAGAGGCUUUAUUCAAAAUGGAGGAACUGGAAUGCCGUUGUGAAAAGACAAGGGCUGCUUGCCUGGCAGCUCUCAUGGGACUGCGCUGAACUGGCAGAGCUCAGCCGCGUCCAGCCAGCCCUGGGGAGAGCCAGGGCCAGGGCCUUCACUGACGCUGAAUCAGGUUCUUUUAAUGGUGAGGUUAAAGCAAACGAGGGUUCGGGUUGAGGUUUGGUCAUGGCCCUUCUAAGGUGUCUCGUGUCAUUGCUGUAAUUACCCACAUGGGUUUUUUUUCUUUUUCAAUGUUUUAAUAUUUUAAUUUCAAUUUCUUUCUUUUUUUUUUUACACUUGGAGCCUGGGGUUAUGUUUGUUGUUUUCUCCAAACUCCUAAAAUUAACUAGAACUGCUUACUUUGUCAGCACAAAAAAAAUGUGAUACCCGUUUCAGCUGCUCUUAAUCGCACAGAGAUUCAUUCAAUUAGGAGUCACUGAAAUGAUCACAAGAUGGCGGACAGCUAUUUUUGUAAUGGCCGCCGCUUACCAGAGGGCAACCUUCGGCCUUAUUGUUUCCACAAGCCUUACGUUUGAGUGUGAAAUCUAACGUAAGUCAGAUAAGCAUACGUGUUUGAAAAAGCCUCCAAAUAUGCUCAUAGUUACAGGUUUAAUAUCCAGUGGCCUCUAAAGGGAAGUGAAUGUAUCCCUGCUGGUAUCAGACUACUAUUAAGAUGUUGGAACUUUUCUAUUGAAUGAGUCCUUUGCCAUCGAUCCUCACUGACAAACUGCUACCACGAUCUUCUUAGAUGUUUUUCUUGUCGUGAUUCAUGAAAUUACAUUUUACGGACUGUGAACCAUUUAUCAUAUACAUCGAUAAUAAUCUUGAAAUAUUGCUUAGAGAGUAGUAAUCCGAUUGAAAUGACAGUUGAUGCAGAGACAAGAAAAGGUUGAAAAUUGUUUUACAUGGCAUUUGUUUAUCAAAGGGCUAUUUGCUGUACUGGUUUUCCUAAUAAAUUAAUAUUCAUAGCUUUCCUCAACUCAGUCAUAAACAAUUUACCAUGAGGCACACAUUUAUUUAGGUUUUUAUUUGGAUUGCCAAAGGAGAUGGAGUUAAACCUAGUCUAGGUGGCCUACAAAUAACACUUCUGAGCUUGUCAAGUGAAAUGUGUAAUGCGUGGGCUUGUAAUUAUCCAUAAGAUGACUUAGACCUGUGAGGAACUGCUCACAUGACCUGAAUUUCUUGUCCAUAUGUGAACCACAGGAGACCGUCAAACAAGGGCCUUAACAACCAUGCACUUGUCAGCAUGCUAAAGAAUGUGUGUGUACAUAAAUAGAAUUACUGUAACUCAAAUAGGCAAAUAAACAAAUACAGAUAGCCAUUUAGAGUGAUGGCUGGAAAGACGUCAGUGUUCAGUUUAAAUAAGAUGAAGUCAAAGAUGUAAUGAGAAAUGAAAGGGUCAUUAUGGAUAACUUGGAUCUGUACUCAUUGUAUGUUACUAAACAAUAUUCAGUGUUCUUUUUGAAGAAUGCUUUGCAGAUCAUAUUUAUAUAUUGUAUUUGGGGCCACCAGAUUUUAUUAUCUGGACAUAUUACAUUUGAUAUUCAUUGCUUAUGAAGAAAAUUGUUUUCUUCUCUUAAAGUGAGUUUUCCCAAUUUUCACUAUACAUUUUCAGUGUGGAGGGCAAACUGACUGUUAGAUAUGUAAAUUUCAAACGGUGAUGAUUUUUUUUAUUGCAAAUGAAUUUUUUUUUUAAUCUAUUUUAUUCUAUGGUAUAAAAAAAAUUUGUUUUAUGUUUCGGUGUAACAGAUGAUAAAAAAGUCUAUAUCAUCAACUGUGACCACACCCGAAUGAAACAGUCAAACGCAUAAUUUGUGCAGUAGUACUGUAGUACUCAGAUACAACCACACGGGGGCAGUCUUGGGAUUGGAACGAUUGUGUUGAGAGUCAACUGGUUUAAAUGACAAAAUUAAACAUUCAAAAUUUGUUCUUCAUUUUCACUGUUACUGUUAACAAAUCUGGUGCCAAGAUUAUACUACUAUUACACCCUCUUUGGUUGUCAAUACUUUUUCAGGGGGAGUGAAGUUUAUUUAUUGUCUAGAAGCAUAUGAAACAAAUUGUACAUACAUAUAUUUAUUCUAUAAAUAAGGUGUUUAUUUUUAAUUUUAUUUUGUCUGUGGUAUUUGUUUAUUUGUGUGUGCAUCUGGCCAGUAGAAUAACCUUUUUUUGCCACCUUAGAUUAGUGGCAAAUCUAACAAACAUAUCAGAUCGUGGUGCCUAAUAUAUCUGACAAACCUCAUAGUCACACUGGUCCAGUACACUGAACCUUAACAAAUCAUAAGUGAAGGGUCAACAUGAAGGUGCAUUUUCAUUGUGUACUUGAGCUGAUUUUGCAACGUGAAAUGAACAGAUUUCGUAGAGAGGAUGACAAAAAUGAGAGCUAAAUAUGUAUAAAAUCUGCUGUGUCUUUAGUAGCACGAUUGGCUGGUACCCCUUUAUAUCUGAGUUUGUACAUCUCUGGAAAUUGAGUUUCAGAUGCUGAGACUCAUUUUAUUUGUUGGUGUUUGACGGUCCAGGCUGUUCUUGUGUCCAAUCCGGCUGGCGAUCCUGAGGUCGUCUCCAGAGGUCAAAACCAAAAGCUGAUGGUACCUUCCUGAAAGUUUUUUGUGUGGUGGAGGACAUGAAUCUAGUUGUAAUCUAGUUUUUAUUUUGCUGUUACAAGCAAUGCCGGUGUCUGUUGAGACAUAGUGGCACUUCAAUUUCUUUUUUACGAUUGAGCCAGGUAGGACACAAAAUGGCCUCUUGCUAUUUCUCUGUUGUUUUGUAUUAAUUGUGUGUGGCUUUUGUCCCUCCCACUGCAUUGAACAUGAUCUCCAUCCACUCUCCUCCCCGUCUCUAUUCACCGUGUCUUCCCCACCUUCUCCCCACAGUGGGCCAUCAUGCUCUGUUCUCCCACAAACAGAUAUACAUGUAAAUUGCUGGAAUAAAGGAAUAUAUUAUUUCGUACCCUA